AGCGCGACGGCACAAUAUCGAGAGUCCGGUCGGCCGUUUAUCGAUCGACGGACGAAAACGGCCGCCGUGCGGCGCCCAUCGAUGAGCGAUGACGUCGAUGCGGCUUUCGACGUCAUCCGACUCUACGGAUAAAGAUGGAGAUGCGUGCGUUCUUCUUGCUGCUGGUGGCCGUCUGUUGCUCACCGCCCGGCCUCCGUUGCCAGUCCUACGACCGAUUGGGGAUGCUGACCGACUCUCUCCUCCGAGAGAUGAUGGAACGAAUGGGAGGGGACCCGGACGACGAUUACCCCGGUCUGGACCCGGCCGGAUCCGGAAGACCCUCCCGGGGCGAUCGCCUCUCCAAGGAUUUGGACGUCCAUCCCGAGAGAUUCGGGACCCGACGCGACGACCUGUUGGGCAGGGAGCCUUCCAUCCGAGACCGCGAGUACCUGGAACACAGCUCCCUCUGGGGACACCAGUAUGUGCAAGGAGGAGCCGGAGAAGGUAGCCAGCGCCUGAAGCCCGACGGCAGCGUCAAGAAUCUGCAGGUGGUGAAGACUGACGCGGUGUUGCCCGCCUACUGCAAUCCUCCCAACCCCUGUCCUCCCGGAUACGAAGCCCGCGACGGAUGCCUGGAGGACUUCGUCAACACGGCGGUCUUCAGCCGAGAGUACCAGGCGGCGCAGGAGUGCAUGUGCGACACCGAACACAUGUUCGACUGUCCCGGCAGUACCCGGGAGAACGAAAUCGACGCCCUGGCCAGAUCCAUUCAGAACGAGGGACUGAUGGACACCACCAUCGGACGCAUCGUCCAGGACAUGCAGGUAGGCCAGAGGGCGCCUCCUCCGCCCCAACUCCCGGCUCUCCCGCUGAUCUCUCUAUCUCUCCGGCAGAUCGAGGGGCAGCGCAAGAAUCUGGUGGCCAAAAAGUACUUCACUAAAAAGUCUCACGACACUUACUACACCGAGAUGCGCCGAUCGGCUUCGGCUUCCGGUCUGAAGGCCAAGAGAAUAUCGGGCAACCCGUAUCUGCAAGGAGAGAAACUUCCGGUGGUGGCCAAGAAGAAUCCGGGCCGCGUCACUUCCGAGUAGCGCCCGGUGCGUCGUUCGAUCCUCCCCCGCCUCGGUUCCGUUUCUCGUCCACCCUUCUGUAUUUUAGCGUCAUUAAAGUAAACGUCUGUGGU